UGGCAAACGCACAGCCAACAUGCAAGCACGACGCUCGGCCAUGAACUGCGGUUGUCUGUUCUGGAGCCCUAGUCUGCGCCACUGGCAGAAAUAGGGCGGGCCGACACUGCGACCUGCACUAGGCAAUCGAACGUUCCAAGUAGAGCGAGCCGCAAAUGCACACACGUUGCCGCUGGCUGCUAAUUGUAGAGCGAUGCCGCAAACACCAAAAACGACGUACACUUUCGACGUUUCGAGUCUUGAUGAGGAGAGAGCGUUGCAGUCCGUGAGAGCGAAGCGUUUCAAAGCUCUGGAACACGCUCUGCCUUCUCAGCUUAUAGAGUUGCGAUGGUUUGGAUAAAUUUGUGCUCUAUCGCUCUAUUCGCCUCGAGGAGAAAUUUUAAGCUCCUCUUGCGAUGUGCCGCGAAGGGUGCUCGCAGCACCAGCACCACUGCUCCUGGGUGUACGGCUGAGAUAGUACGUCGCGCUGCUCAUCGAUAGGCGCGGCGGGCUGGUCGGGUGACACGCUCUGGACUCGCAGUCAUUCACCACUGUUUGAUCCUUUGAGCGCUCCAAAUCCGAGGCCUUGACAACUUAACUGCAUUUGCCAGUGAACUGCCAAGUGACCCACCCAGCUGGCAGCGGCCUUGUCAAGUAGCACUUGCAUAUAAACAACGUCCGGAGUAGCCAUGUGCGCUCGUCGAAAUCGCAUGCACGACCUGUGGUUGUCGGUGGUCGUUUGAAGAUUUCUCGAGUAAAGAUCGAUUAAAGACGUUGUCGGUCUCUUCUUCUGCGCCCUGUACUCUUAAGGCUGCAAUCUCCUUUAGCGCGAUGCAUUCAGUUUGCUUUUGUGUCCGGACUAACGCCAGCAAUGCAGUAGCUCCGCUCAACCUCUGAACUCCAUGUUGAAGUGCUGCCCGACUCAGAAACGCCAAAAGUUGUUGUGAAUCAGAUUCAGAUCUCGUCCAUCUGAUUCCAGUGCAUUCCUCCAUUAUGGCUUUCGAGAAAGCGCACCCUGACGUGGCUCUUCCUGCGGUUGUACACCACGUAGCCGACGAUGUGGCUGCAUCUACGCGCUUGAUACUCAUCGGUGACGUACACGGCUGCUUCAAUGAGCUGCAGCUGCUGCUGGAUGCUUGCAAUUUCUCGCCUCAAAAUGACCGUCUGAUGUUCGUGGGGGACCUGGUCAACAAAGGCACCAAGAAUCUGGAUGUUGUGCGCUUCGUGCGCGACUCCGGCUCGCUCUGCGUGCGUGGAAACCACGACGAUGCCGCUUUGAGUGCAUUCUACCAAUGGGUACGUGGCGGUCGUGUCUCCGGCUCAGCCAAGUAUCCAUACGUUGAGCAAUUCCAGCCCGAGGACGUGGAAUUCCUCGAGCAGCUACCGUUCUCUGUGUCGCUGCCAAAUCAUGGCAACAUCAUUGUGGUACAUGCUGGCGUGGUGCCAGAGGUAGAGCUAGAGGAUCAGAGACCAGUUGAUUUGUACAAGAUGCGCUUCGUACAGCGUGAGAAGGCGGGCGAUGAUACUUCCAAAUGGAUGGCGCUCGAGAAGAAAAAGUUCAAGUCCGAUACCGGUGGAGAGCCCGAAAUGUGGGCCAAAGUAUGGAACGGACCUAGGCACGUGUACUUUGGACAUGCAGCGAGCGCGGGACUCCAGCAAGAGAGCUUUGCAACAGGCCUAGACACAGGCUGCUGCUAUGGGAGGAAGCUCACAGCGUAUAUUAUCCCGGUGAGAUCAUUAAAAACUUCCAGUGAAAUUUGUUAUUGACGCUAUACAUGCUGGUUGCAGUCGAAUCGAUUGGUGCAAGUGGAUGCCAUGGCGCAGUACGAAGUGCCGAGUGGUGACAAAAACUAGAUGCUGAGAACUCAGAACAAUCAAGAGUGUAUUGCAAUCUUAACAGCGUCAAUCCUUACCUGCGUCAACAGCAAUAUCAUCUCAAGCCGCAGCAGCGUCGUACUUGACAACGCCAUUCUCCGAGAACUCAAACCUCCCAACAUACAGCGUAGUCACUGCGAUCUGCAUCGUCUCCUGAGCAAAGGCCAUCUUUUCCCUAUGGGCCAAGUCUCCAAUAGCGCGAAGCACGCGCAUUAAACCAUCGAAUUCCGUGGCCCCGUACAUGACUCGGCUGCCCAGACACACGACGCCUUCCAACUCUGGAACAGUCCCAACAGCAGCUUCAAAGCGACGGAACUGUCGCUCGGUGAUUCUUGGCACAGUCGUAAAUUCCAGAUACAUGGGCCGUCCAACGAACUUGUCCAGUGCUGUCUGCACUUUAUAGCGAGUCGUAAUGUUGGUUAAGUACCAUUCCAACGCACGAAAUAUGUCGGCGCUUGACGUUUGGCCUAAGCCCAUCGCAUCACGAGCUGAAGAGUACGUCUGUACCAUCUCCCUAUACACAGAAGGCUCUCUCUUAAGGAAUGGCAUCUUCACUAAACGUUUCUCCAGUAAAUCCAGAAUCUCCGUAGCUUGAGGCUUCCUAUUGACGGAUACGCUAAGUUGCGCUGUUCCAACGACAAAACUUGUGAACUUGAGUGUCGUAUCACAGAGUGUUCGCACAGGUAAGAGAGCGGGGACAGCGAUAGCGGAGUGGUUGACUCGAUGGAGUUUCUGCAUCAAAUGGAUGAGUUGUAACGCCACGGAAACGAGAGUGAUUCGAUCGCGGCGAUCUGUGGAAUUGAGUCGACUUGGGUGACUGGAAGCCAUCACGGAACUCUCCAACUUCUUGAUUAGUUCACAAGCGUGCUUCACGUCGUCGAUUUUAUUGUCCACAGGAAUGUUCGGGUCUCUCAGACGAGCAAAUAUCGCAGCUGUGUCCUCUUCAGUGUCCUCCUGCAACGCUGCCGGCUUUGUAUCAUCAUUCUCGUCGGUCUCUGAGCUGCUUGGAACCAAUAAAUCCUUCAGCAAGCUUGAUACUCCCGCUGAAUCUUCCGUCACUGUGGAGCUUGACGCACCAGGAGUAGAACUAUUUGCUGUCGCUUUACCCUUCUUGUUCUUCUUUUUGUUUUUCUUCUUCUUCGAUGUCGUAUUGGCCGCAUUUGAGUUGGUGUUUUCCAGUUCACGUCGUCGCUCUUCAUCGCGCUGAGAAUUUACUGAUCGGCGAAGAAUGUCAGCUCGGAGAUCGCUUUGAUGGCGGAACAGUCCGUCGCGAUUCCUUUUACUCUCGUUUUCCCUCUGGCAUCUCUCGAUCUCAGCAAUGGACGCUGCAAUGUCACGUCUCCACUCUCGAUCUGCUGUCACGUCGCACACUCGUCUGCCAUUGCCGUCUUUAAUGCGAAGAUCCGCUCCGAACAGCACCAGCAACUCGUACAACCUGUGAUGUCCGCGCUUGACAGCCAAAUGAGCAAGCGUUUCUUUCGUAUGAUACGUGGGGGUGUUCAACUCGACCAUAUUGUCAGCCUCAAGAAUAAUCCGGACAAUGUCUUCGUGUCCUGCGAUCGCUGCACUGUGAACUGCCAUAGUGUUGGGCAGAUUCUCGCUAUUAAACGGAGCAUCUCGUUGCAAUUUGUAUCGACAGUGCAAGGGCUGGAUUGUAAGUGCUCCAAGCUGGAUCAUCCAUUCCACUAAGUCCGCAUCGUGUGCAGGUCCAGCUGCUGCUUGGUGGAAUAGCGACCAUAAGUGAGAAUUUGUUCUCAUGGCCAGAAGAUCUGGAUUCUGUCGCAGUUCAGAUUUGAGAAUCUCCAGAUUAUCUCCAGAAAGAGGACCAUUGCUUUCUUCGAGCAUUGUCAUAAGGCCAUCAAACACACUAUACCGUGCUUGACCCUCCAACUCUCUCGACGGUGCUCCAUACUCUUGGUUGACGAAAUCAGGUUUAAAAGGGAACGUGAAGUAUUUCUUCUCGCAGACCAGAGGUGGCGUCGCAAACUUAGCUUUGAUCACAGCAGCAGC